AGUAGGUCAGGCCACCCAGUGUGAUAUGAGUUGGUGGCAUGAGGUACAGUCUGAGAGUUCCCCUGAGUCUUCACCAGGAAGUGGUAGAAAGGGAGCAGAGCAGAUGUCAGUGGGGAGCAGGAACCAGAAUGAAGUUGACGAGGUAGAGAACAAUGGCUGCAAGGGGUGCGUUCCCUCCCCUACCUGGUUGGCCCAGUUUACCAAAGUAGAUGAGGGCAUCCAGUGCGACAUGAGCUGGUAUGAAGCACAGAUAGAGAAAUCCCCCCAGCGGAUGCCCUCCAGAGAUGAAGGGGCCUCACCAGACUGCAAAACCAAGGGGUCAUGGAAAAAGCCAGUCACAAAUAGGAGAUUAAGUGCAGACAAAGAUGAAGUGAUGGUGAAUGAUGAGAUUGGGGAGGGGUAUAAAGAGAACUUGAAAAGGUGUGCAGAGAUUAAAAAGACUGUGAAAGGCAGGAAGGUGAAAGACCUGAGCAGCUUUUCAAAUGUUAAGACAGCCUAUUUGUUGAAGAAAAGUGCUGCCUUGACCAUUGUGCUUCCUGAGGAUUCAGAAGACUCUGAGUUGGAAGUUGAAGAUGUAAUGCAUGAGGUAGAAUGCCUCCUUGAAGAAGUGAGCCCACAGGGCCCUCUGACAUCUUCCAAAGGAAGGUCUUAUCGGAAGGCUGGAAGGAUAAUCAGGAUGCCACCUGAGUGCUCUGUCCCUCCCCAACUUAUGGUCUGGCCCACCAGAAAUAAGUACAGGUCAUUACAAGCUGGUGGUGAACAUGAGCACGUCGUCCCUGUGGUUUACCAGCUGAAACGACAGGAUGGCUGUGAAAGCACUGGUGUCACCCUCCAAAGAAAACACACUAUGCCCAAGCCAGAGGGACUGGAGUCCAGGAGAGCCUCUCACAAACCAUUGGAAUGUAACUAUGAGAGAGCUAAAACCAAGGUACCUUACAAAGUACCAGAGAUUUGAGGCAGAUGCUAUAAAGUUUAGGAAAUACCCAGCAGCUCUAGAGGAAACAAAUUGCUGAGUUCCAGCUUCAAGGAAGAGCUAAAUAUUGCAUCAUCAUGAUGGAUUAGAACAUGUGAUCUCUUUCUUGAUUUGAACUACUUAAGUUAUACCAACAAACAAGAAAAUGUGACAUUGUAAAGCCUCUGGAAUUAAAAGUUG